CAUCCAGAAGAUCGCAGACAUCCACAAGGUGAAGUGCGUGUCGUGUCUCGGACUCCGCCUCAGCCACCUGCUGUCCGGCGAGGUCCACUGGCUCCACCCAGACCUGGGCCGUGUCCCACAUCAGGGAGCGCUUUGAGCAGCAGCACCCCCUGGAGGAGUGGAGGUAUGAACUCCGGAUACGCUACCUGCCCAAAGGGUUCCUCAGCCACUUCACCGAGGACAAGCCCACACUCAACUACUUCUACCAUCAGGUGAAGAGUGACUACAUGUUGGAAAUAGCAGAUCAUGUGGAGCAGGACAUUGCACUGAAACUGGGCUGCCUGGAAAUCAGGAGGUUCUUUAGAGAAAUGCCAGGGAACGCACUGGACAAGAAAUCAAACUAUGAAUUACUAGAAAAAGAUGUGGGCUUGAGAAGAUUCUUCCCUAAGAGCUUGUUGGACUCUCUGAAGGCUAAGACCCUCAGGAAGCUGAUCCAGCAGACGUUCAAGCAGUUCGCCAACCUGAAUGACGAGCAGAGCAUCCACAAGUUCUUCGAGAUCCUGUCCCCCAUCUACCGCUUUGACAAGGAGUGCUUCAAAUGCGCCCUGGGCGUGA